ACAUAUUAAUCUCCAUUCCGAAUCUCCAAUUACUCAACAACCACAAGCCCUUCAUGUGGUACCGGGGCUCCGCUCCAAUGCAGUCGCCGGUGACGAUCACGGCGGCGGCGGCCCCCUGUCUAAGCAAUAGUACUACUUCUUUCAAGUUCCUCGGUGGCCGAUUUAUCGCCAAAUGGUCGCCGCUCAGACCUGUAUUUGUCUCUCAGCAUCUCGCUCAACAGAUGGAUGGUAACCAAAAAGAAAUCGGAGGUGGCCUGGGCUACGCCGUCCUCAGUGCUCUGGAAUCAUCGAAAACACCGCCGGAAAAAAAUUCCGGUCUGCUAAGAACAAAUAACCGUACGUCAAAUACAGCGGAACGGAAAUCGCGGCGGCAGCAGCAACGACGAGGACAAGAGAGUGGAGAAUUAAGAGGAUCUGAUAUCCUGUUAGCUAUAGAAAAGGCUUCUUUUCAGAAAAUCGAAAAGAAAAAGAUGUUAAAGAAAGAGAAACUCGAUGAAAUUAGUGAGACGGAUAGUGAUGAAGAUGAGGGUGAGGAUUUCAGCAGCGUUCGGACGUUGAACAUAAGAAGCGAUUGGUCGAGCCGUCUGGUUGAAUUGGAAAGGCGUCUUCAAGACCUUAUUAAUGUCUCCUCUUCCACAAAGUGAGUUAAUAAAAUGUUUAAACAAAACCAAAACACAUGUAUUCAUUUAUAUCUACUACUUAAUUACAUGUUUCUUCUAGACAACAUGUACUGGUUUAGACUCUUUAAAAUGGACAUCUAAGUCACAACUUUAUGUAAUUCAAACAAUUUAUUUUUUUCUUUCAAACA